AUGGCUACCAUUAAAUUGAACUCCGGUUUCAACAUGCCCCAAGUCGGCUUCGGCUGCUGGAAAGUUGACAACGAUACCUGUGCCGAACAGAUCUACAACGCUAUCAAAACCGGAUACAGAUUGUUUGAUGGAGCAGCUGACUAUGGCAAUGAGAAGGAGGUUGGUGAUGGUAUCAGAAAGGCAAUUGCUGAUAAGUUGGUUACUCGUGAGGAUUUGUUCAUCGUCUCCAAGUUGUGGAACAAUUUCCAUGCCCCCGAGAAUGUCGAGAAAGCCUUGGACCGUACCUUAUCUGACUUGGGACUUGAUUAUUUGGAUUUAUACUUGAUGCAUUUCCCCAUUGCUUUCAAGUUCGUUCCAUUCGAGGAAAAAUAUCCUCCACAUUUCUAUUGUGGUGACGGUGACAAAUUCCAGUUCGAGAAUGUGUCAUUGAUAGAGACUUGGAGGGCUUUGGAGAACAUAGUUUCCAAGAAAAAGGCUAGAUCUAUUGGUGUAUCGAAUUUUUCUGCGGUAUUACUUGAAGAUUUGAUUAAAAAGGCUACUAUUCCUCCUGCCGCUUUGCAGAUUGAGCAUCAUCCGUACUUGACUCAGCCAAGAUUGGUGGAAUGGGUCCAGUCUAAGGGGAUUGCCAUAACUGCCUACUCUUCUUUUGGUCCUCAGUCGUUCGUGGAAUUGAACCACCCUAAGGCUGGUCAAUGUGAGACUUUGUUCAAGCAUCUGCUGGUUGUUUCAAUUGCAGAGUCUCACAACAGAACCCCAGCUCAAGUUUUGUUGAGAUGGGCCACUCAAAGAGGACUUGCAGUCAUUCCAAAGUCAAACAACCCUGAACGUUUGAAACAGAAUUUGGAGAUCAAUGACUUUAACCUCACCGAAAAGGAAGUCGAGUCAAUUGCCUCAUUUGAUAUUGGUUUGCGUUUCAAUGAUCCCUGGGACUGGGACAAGAUUCCAACCUUCUAUUAG